AUGUCAGACUACAUCCCUGACCAACUGCUUGUGAAUGUGCUUUUGAGGUUACCCUUUGAUUCUCUGAUUCGAUCCAGGUGCGUAUCAAAAUCAUGGCGUUCUUUAAUUGAUGGUCCUCACUUCAUCAAAAUGUAUAACGAAAGCCACCUCGAAACAAACUAUGAUCAUAAUGAUACUAAGAUUGUUGCCUUGAUUGAGGAGAAGUCUUCCCCAGUUUCUGGCUCUAGAAGCAGAGACUUCUACUCUCUAGAUAUGAAUCGACUUUUUAGCUCCAGUACUACAAAUGCAAAAAAACUCAACUUUCCUGCUGAUUCUUUUAGAGAUGAUAUUCGUUUGGUAGGCUCUUGCAAUGGCCUUCUUUGUUUGGUACAUAGGAAUUGGAACAUUUUUAUAUGGAAUCCAUGGACUCAAAAGUAUUGGAAGAUACCCCCUCCACCGUAUGGAAAUGCAAUUGGCCACAGCCAAGUUCAAAUCCGUCUAGGUUUUGGCUAUGACAAUGUCAGGGAUGAUUACAAAGUCCUGGCUUUCAAGAAUGGUUGGAACUGUAUGCAAAACCUAACACCAACAAUUACUCUUUGCAGUAACAAAGUUUAUGUUUAUAGCUCAAAACUAAAUUUAUGGAAAGAUAUCGGUGAUUUCCCAUUUCAACAGGCAACCAUGUUCCCUGACCCUAUGGAUGGUAUUCUGGCUAAUGGUGCAUUGCACUGGGUUGGCGGUCUGAACUUUAUCUUUGCUUUUGACCUUUGCAGUGACAAAUUUCGUUCCAUGCGCUGUCCUUUCUGGGAAGACCGUUUCCUCCCAAAAUUGUGCAUCUUGAAUGGUGUCCUUUGUUUGCUCUCUGAUUAUGAGUUUUGGAAUCAGAGGUUUGCUGAUAUUUUUCUAAUGGAGGAUUAUGGAGCUCACGAAUCUUGUUGGACUAAAUUAGGCUCGAUUAGAAUCCCUUUUGGCAAAUGGAUAACACCUAUAGCAUUAUCUAAGAACAAGAAGCAAGUGGUUUUGCAAAUUAGCAAGGCUACGCUGGUGCUUUAUGAUCUGGAGACGAAUUCGUUCAAUGAUGUAGCCAUGAGUGGUGCAGCAAGUUCUAUAGAUUCACCUAUAAGUCUAACUUCAUGUGUUUGUGUUGGAAGCCUUGCUAGUCUGUUCUGGCAAGCCUGA